GUCAUCGACUCGAGGGCCCUCGACUGGACGGCAAACGUGUUGGACACAACGACGGUCAUGUCCGACUCGACGACCAUCGUGUUCGACACGUCGACCACCGUACUCGUCACGACGGCGAUUAUGGCAAUGACGAUCGUGUUCGACACAACGGCGUCAGGACUCGACAACCAUCGUGUUCGACACGACGACGGCGUCAGGACUCGACCGACCGUCGUGUUCGACACGACGACCACCGUACUCGUCAGGACGGCGAUCGUGUUGGACACGAUGACGAUCGUGUCGAUGACGACCGUGGUGGACACGAUGACCACCGUGCUCGUCACAACGGCCAUCGUGUUUGACCCGACGACCAUCGCGGCGGACUUGACGACCAUCGUGUCGGACACGACGAUGAUCGUCGACGAUCGUGUCGGACACGACGACGACCGUGCUCGAUAUGAUGGUGGUCGUGUUCGACACGACGAUGGCCGUGUUCGACACGACGAUGGCCGUGUUCGACACGACGUCGGUCGUGUUAGACACGACGACGGCCGUGCACGACACGACGACGAUCGUGUUCAACGAGCCGGACACGACGACGAGCGUGUUCGACACGACAACGGCCGUGUUCGAUAUGAUGGCGAUCGUGUUCGACCUGACAACGAUCGUGUUCGACACCGCGACGAUCGUGUUCGACACAACGAGGAUCGUGUUCGACACGACGACCAUCGUGCUCGACACGACGACGACCGUGUCGGACACGACGACGAUCGUGUUUGACACGACGACCAGCGUGUCGGACACGA